CUACAACAAUCGAGGCCGCCGAUUGACAAAGCGCGACACGACACCGGAUCGCAAAUCGGGAGCAUGAAACUGGGAGAAUACAUUUCAUCCACAUGAUCGAUUUUGUAAAAGCGAAUACCUGUAGCAACGAGUCGCGCUGCUCUCGGUUUUUGCAACCCGUCACUUCCGUCGCCGAAGCGUGGCUAUCUACCCCCGCGAGAAUCCGGUGCUUUUUAGGGCAAUCGGUACGACGGGCGGGGGAUUUCGUUGACGGCCGUUUUAUACGGGGCGGCGCGAAGAGUUGAUAAGUGGGACAUACACUCCAGCAUCUCGGUAUUUCGUAGUGAACUCGCCAUCAGCUCAGACCAUCCAUCCAGGAGAGAACUGUCAGGAAAAUCUCCGUGUUCUGUGUCUUGAGCUCUCUCGUGAUCCUUGCAGCAAGGAAGUCGCGAUCUUAUUCACGCUUGCACGUCAUCCAAACUAUACUUCAGCAUGGCACCGAAUUUGUUCGGCAAUUCAGCAACUUUAUUCCUUGAAGCCUCACAAGAUAUAUCUCAGAAGAAGUCAGCGGCGGAGAAGGCCGUGACGCAGAAAUUGCCCUUGCAAAAGGCACAAAACUCGAAACCGAAGUACCAAUGGAAGAUCGUCUGGAGAAACGUGAUAGCUUUCGUCUAUCUUCAUCUCGGCUCACUUUAUGGAUUAUACCUUUGUUUCACAGCCGCCAAACUUUACACAACGCUUUGGCUGUUAUUAUACGGAGUUGUGGCAGGCGUCGGCGUUACAGGGGGUGCUCACAGAUUAUGGGCUCAUCGGGCUUACAAAGCAAAAUGGCCGUUGAGAGUCUUUCUUAUGAUUCUGCAGACAGCAGCUUUUCAAAAUCAUAUUUACGAAUGGGUGAGAGAUCACAGAGUCCACCAUAAGUUCACGGAUACAGAUGCGGAUCCGCACAAUGCACAAAGGGGCUUCUUCUUCUCGCACAUGGGCUGGCUCUUGGUGCGCAAGCAUCCGGACGUCAUCAACAAGGGUGCCACGAUCGACAUGAGCGAUCUCGAGAAAGAUCCUGUUAUCAUUUGGCAGCGCAGAUUAUACAUUAUUCUGAUGCCGGUCUUCUGCUUCCUGCUGCCCAGCUGGGUGCCGUGCUACUUCUGGAAUGAAAAGCCUAUGUACUCGUGGUACUGUACUCUAUUCAGGUAUACGCUCUCGCUACAUCUGACGUGGCUGGUAAAUUCCGCGGCUCACAUGUACGGUAUGAGGCCGUACGACAACACCAUCAGCCCCACCGACAGCCUGAGCGUGGGCAUCGUCGCCUUCGGCGAAGGCUGGCACAAUUAUCACCACGUGUUUCCGUGGGACUAUAAGGCUGGCGAGCUGGGCAACUAUCGCACUAACGUCACCACCGCGUUCAUAGAUUUCUUCGCUCGAAUCGGCUGGGCCUACGAUCUGAAGACCGUGGCGGUCGGCAUGAUAAAGAAGCGCGCGGCCAGGACGGGAGACGGCACGAGGUACGAGCGGACGGCCGAUCAUCACGAUCACACGCACGAGGGUGCUGUGUGGGGCUGGGAUGACGCCGACAUGGCGCCUGAGGAUAUGCAAAACGUCGAGAUCAUAAACAAGGGCGACUGAGCCUUGACACUCAGUCACUCGGCACCUUUGUGACAUUGACUGAUUCGAUCGGGACUACGUAGAACAUUCGGCGCGAAUGUGGUUAAUUUAUGAUUUAUGGCUAUUGCGAUGAUUUUGCGAAUUUAUUACGAAAAUCUUAAUAAUCUCUGAAUCGUAAUUUUCAGCUGAUUACAACAGUCGCGUGCUAUAUUGUCGAGCGACAUGAGAAAGUUACUUUUACAGGAUUUGCUACAGAAAUUGGUGCAUCGACGAUCGAAGAACGCAGUGAUAAAAAAUUUACAUUACUUUUUGUCCAACAGCUUGCGUAUAAAAUGCUACUGACGCACGAUUUAAUUUUUUUCAUCUGGCUUGGAAUUAUUGCUUUGAGUCAAUAUGCACAUAUAAUUAUCUCAAUUUGAAAUUUUAAUUAAAUAUGUUUAAUGUAGCAUUUUUUUCAGUAGAAUAAAUUUUCUCAGCGAUUUUUAUAUUCUUAUUACGCAAUACGUGAUAAAAUGUACAUGCAACCUUUGAUAUCAAAUGCAAAUUUCAUGCAAAUAUAUAAAAGAUAAUGUGUAUAAAA